AUGAGAGCGGUUUCUGAGACUCCGAGGUACCCAUUAUCUCUACUCUCUCGAGUACACAAUUAUAGUACUCGCUCUGUCCGUGACAUUAGGAGAUUGAAACUGCGUAUUUUAGCAAAGUCAAUGCUAAUGUUUGCUUUGUCUUCAAUCAAAGCUCAAAUUACAGAUCAAGAAAAAAUGGGAAGAGGGAAGAUUGUGAUCCGCAGGAUCGACAAUUCCUCGAGUAGGCAAGUCACUUUCUCGAAGAGAAGAAAUGGGUUGCUGAAGAAGGCUAAGGAGCUUGCAAUUCUUUGUGAUGCACAAGUUGGAUUGAUUAUUUUCUCCAGCACUGGAAAGCUCUAUGAUUUUGCAAGCACCAGCAUGAAAUCUUUGAUUGAAAGAUACAAUAAAGCAAAAGAGGAGCAUUACCAACUGCUGAAUCCUACUUCAGAGAUCAAGGUACUUAAUUUCAGUGGCAUGUAA